AAUUAUGACACUGUUAAGACUGGGUUCUAUCAAAGCACAUUAAUAAGGUGACUACAGUACCUUUUGUGCAACAAAAACCUAGAACAACCAUAGGCAACAUUUUUUUACAGCUACGAAUAUGUCAAAAAAGUCUGUUGUUGUUGUUAAAGGCUAACAAGCUCUAAAAAUUUUCGUUGUUUUUGGUACUUUUACGUUAAAAAUAAAUAAUCAGCUGCGCUCAUGUCGUCACUGUAUUAAUACACUUUGGGUUCUAUUUAAAAUAUAAUGCAUCGUUUGUUUCAUACAAUGAUAGAAGAUAUAUUUUUUUAAAUUAUAUAUUUGUCUAUUUUAUAUACAUGUUUAUUUAUUUUAAUGGAUUACGAGUUUAAAAAUAUUUUAAUUAAUUAUGUGUAGUGUUCCACCAAAGUUUUUCCAAGUUUGUCGCCUUUGUCUAAUGUUAAUUGAGGAACAUGAUAUAUCAACACAUCGAAUUUAUAGUACAACUAGUGUACCAAAUGAUUCUGUUAAUGAAUGUAAAUGCAACAAAAAUCUAGACAAUGUUAAAUGCUGCAAUAUAGUUCAGAAAUGUAGCAGUUGUGAUAAAUACGGAAAAAAUCAAAAUUUGGAUGGCUCGAUACCAACCAUUCAUUCGUCGCUACCGCGAGUGCCUUUAUCACUUAACCCUUUGAAAACUUGUUCUUACAAUAUAAAAUGCGAUGAAGAAUACUCAGAUAAUAAAUUAGAUAUUUGUAAGAAAAAUAUACAUGUAAUUAAUCAAUCUUCUGGCAUUACUGAUGAUUCAUCGGCGAACAUUGCUUUACAAAUAUAUAAGUGCCUGUCAUUAGAAGUUUUGCCAACCGAUGGUUUUCCUGCUUUAGUUUGUUGUAACUGUAAGUCAUAUUUACAAACGUUCUGGAACUUUAGAGAAAUGGCUCAUAAGACACACACAGCGCUAACUGAUUUUUUAACACUCUGCAACUCUCCUGAAAAGAACUCUGCAGAUAUUAAUAUGUAUUUCAACGACCUUUUAUCUUCGGCAACAUGCAACAAAUCUUCAUCUGAACAAAUGGCAGCCAAGGCGCUAACGGAGUUGAGUGCAUUCUCUAAGAAUGAUUCCCCUAUAAAGAGAAAAUCAAAAAAUGUUAAAUCACCACUUGAAACACAAAAAAGCCCUCAAGAAGUUUUAAAACAAGAAUACAGUUUUGCAGUAGUUAAAAAACUAAAUUAUCAUUCUGAAAAUAAGGAACCAACUUCGAAUAUAGACGAUAAUAAUGAGAAAAGCCAAUGUUUACAACAACAACUGGAAACCGCCGCUGUGCUUAUGGAUAUAAGUAAAAAAGUGAUAAUAUCACCACCCUGCUCGAAUCCCCAAUCUCCAAGACUAUGUUCAUCUAUAGAUUCUAGUAUUUUAAAUUCUGUGAUAAAAGAUAAACGUCCAGUAAAUUCAGAUAUUGAAAUGGAUUUAUCAAAAAAAGAUUCCAGAUGUGAUUUAAGAAACUUCACGGAUUUUUAUUCGCAACAGGACAAAUCAAUAAUAUCCCAAGAAGAUUGCUUGGAAAAUCAAAUUGUUAAAGAAACCAAAUUGGAGAGAAAACUUGGCACAAAUGCUUUUAGUUUUACUGAAAAAUCUGGAUUACCACACACAAAUACUCACGCUGUCCCAAAGACGAAAAUGUUGAAUAUAGAAACUGAAAUUCGCUAUGAACGUACGUCUCCUGAUAGUCUAACAUCGGAAGAACAUGGCACUGAUGCAGCUACCACACAGUUAUGGCAAGCUUUAGCAAGAUCAGCAGCGAAUAAUACUGAAUCCAAUCAAACAACUCAGCUUUUACAUAUACUAAAUAGCUCAUUUGCUUAUCCAACUGCGUCUCCAACGCCUUCCGUGGACGAAAAAGUACCUGAAGAACCCAUAGCCCUAUUAAAGAUUGACGACAGCAAAAUUUUUAAGAAGAAAGAUGUGAAUUCAUAUAACAGUAGACCCCGUUAUGCUGCGGCUAAUGUUGUUUUCCGGGACAAAAAGCCCAAAAUAUGUGCUUUUCAAACUGGAUCUCAAAAAGAUAUGUCGUGUUCAAAUUGCGGGACCUUGAAAACUACAAUAUGGAGGAGAAGCAAUCGUGGCGAAAUCGUUUGCAAUGCAUGUGGCUUGUACUUCAAAUUACAUGGUGUAAAUAGACCGCACUCCAUGAGAAGAGAUACAAUUCAUAAAAGACGCCGGCGUCCAAGGGAUUCUGAAAAACUAGACAGAAAAAAUGAGUUCUAAUAUUAUAAAUGUAUUUGUAUAAUAAAGCAAUGUGUAAAUUAUUUCUAACAUCA